UUCCCAUUCCAGUGUCUCUUCCUCGAAAAAUAAAUAUUGCUAAAGAAGCAGAGGAUCGCGUUGAUAAACAAUUUAUCGCAUACAACGAUAUGAUACCGCGAUCUUUGCCAUCGACUAUUACUCGUAAAAAUUACAUGAAUUUUCAAAGUGUACCUACUCGAGUAGAUAAAAAAGUUGUUUCUAACCGGACAUCAACUCCAAAACCUAUCCCUGUUACCAUAUCGCACAAUACUGUCACCUCGAAUGUGCCCAGUCGUGAUCAACGGAAGAUGCUAGCAUCAAGGACUCUUGUUAGGCUUGUACCGACUCUUUUAAAAACUGGACCAAAUAGCCGCAGAAAUUCGACAACUUUUAAAUCUAAGCUACCGAGCGAAGAAAUUUAUGCCAAUAGUUGGCCGAACGAAGCUUUGCAAAAUGUUCACGAUCUUUUGAAUUACGAAAAAUAUACGUCUUUUGAGGAGGAUAUUGAUAACGACAAAAAUCAUUUAUUUAAUGACAAAUUAGCUGAGCUAAAUGUCAAGCAAACUACUACGAUCCCACCGGAUACUACAACAAUCCAAGCGCAAAGUAUUGAAACCCCUAUUGUUUCAUCAACGUCAGAAGAUAAUUCCAUUGACGUUGAUUCAAAAAUUCAAAUCGAUAAUCUCCUAGAAGAUCUCGGAAAAAGUAGACAUCCAAAUAUUCAAACGUCCUCUGAAAUCAAACAAAAUACAGUCAUUCAGAUACUCAAUCCUAUUAAAAAAAAUCCUAAUAAUAUGACAUUUGCUAUUCCCAUGAAAUUCAUUAAAGAAUCGUACAAUAAAACAAAAACUGGAGUAAACAAACCUCAAAAGGUUAAUAUCAUGUUUUUUGAAAACAAAUCAAAUCAAACAACGCAACAUCAAACAUUGCCAUCAGAUCUUCUAGGAAUUGUCGAUGAUUGUCCAACUAUCAUGAUCAAUUCUCUGACUCAAAUUAAUAAUACUAUCGAGAGUAAAGAAGGGUGUAGCGACCUUAAUAUUGUAAUUAAUUCUCACGUUUUAAAUACGAACAUUGUUAAACCUGGCUCUAGUGGACAAUCUGCCCAAAAAGAUCCUAACUCUGUGAGUUCGAGUGAUUCUACUACGGCUACCUAUCCUUCCACCUAUCAAUCUAGUUAUCAAACUGGACCAACGUCUUAUCCACCACAGGGACAAAUUAAUGAUUAUUACAGUACUGACAAAAAUCCAGGAGGUCAGGCAUUAUCGGAUAGACCUGCGGGGUCAGAAUCCAAUAGCAAUUCACCAAUUAUAUCUACACUCGAACUAUUUCAAAAUACACAAAUCAAUAUAGGCGGGAAUAAACCCAGCCAAUCAAUUGGAGAGGCUCAAGAUGAAGCACUUUCAGAAGGCUUAGAUUCCGCGGGUACUAAUGCAGAUGGAUCGCCUUUAACUGAUCCUAAUGAAGCUACGAAUGAUAUUACGGGUACAGCUCCAGCCAAUAAUGCCGGUGGAGCUACUAAUAUUCCUACAGCAACUGCAGCUUCAGCUGAUGCUGCAUCUGGUAUGUUUACAGCUCCAGAUACAGCAGCUAAUGAUGUUGGAACGGCUGAAUCUUUAAAUAGUGGCACCUCUGGACUUUCUCUACCCAGUAUUCCCAAUUUACCAAGUCUUCCUAAUCUUCCCAAUCUCCCAGGGGGUACGGGUGGGGGUGACGAUGAAGAUGAUUUUGAAGAAGAAAUAUUAGAUGCCUUAUCCCCCGCAGGCUUGUUAGAUUCAAUGUCAUCAGUAUAUUCAUACUUCUCGGUUCUUAAUCCCAUCAACUACGGUAUAUUCGGUAUGGCUGUAGCACCAUUUAUGGCUUUUGCAGCAGGCGUUGUUGGUGUUGCAGCUUUUCUUUUCCCGUGGGCUUUUCCAAGUAGUUUUGACAUAGCUAGGUCAUGGAGGGGAGGGGGGAACGUGAACUCAAAUAUAGGGUUUGAUUUUGGUUUAAGAAACAUUGUACAAAGUUCUAUUCUCAAGCAAAAGCAAUCUCGAGAGUUGAAGGAUAUCCAAAGUAUGGAUCAAUCAUUACGAACAGUUGCCACGCAACUACUAAAUAGCACAUCGACUCGCGAAGAGAUCAUUAGUAUGCCCGAUGACAAGAUCGAGACUAUGGAUACACCAAUUCAGGUUGUUCAUGUUUCAACUCUACUCUCAGAUGCAAGUCCAGAAAGUCAUAACGACGGCAAAGAAAGCCCCACUCGAAUGAAGUUUGGAAUUCCCGUGAAUUCUAAAUUUGGACAUUUUGAAGUGACGAACCCAGGACAUGCGAUGGCAAUGACUGAAGAAGAAAUCGAACGGGAAAUGGCAACUGCGACUCCUCCUCCCAAAACUACCACUGGUAUGCUAUCUACGUGGAUCCAUUUAUAUCCUCAAUCAACAGCAACUGAAGAAAAAGUUGUUACAGAAAUAAAAGCAGGCUCAGAUUCAGAUUCGUAUGUGACGUCGACUACUACAAAAUUGUUGCAAAAUACAGUGAAGCUGACUACCACAACUGCUAAGCCAAAAAAGACUGAAACGUCUGCAACUACGUUGUCUCAUAAAUCUACUGAACCUGUAACAACAACAAAAAAAGUAACCAAGUUUACAGGCAGUACUUUUAAGAUGAGUUCAACUACUCCAGCGUUCGUGACAACAGAGGAAAAAUUCACCGAUGCAGGUUUUACAGACACUACUCAAGAGCAGCUCACAACCCAGGAACCUGCAACUACAAAAACAGCUCCUUCUACAACUACUAAAAAACCAAAAAAUAAUGCCACUCAAAAAGUAAAAAAUUCGUCGAAAAAUCCUGGUAACAAACCACAAAAGAGUGGCACGAAUAGAGUAAAAGUCACUCCCACGAGACGUCCAAGUUUGCAUAAAAAUGAAUCAGUUACCAGCACAUCCAGAAUUGAAAAAGUAACUUUAAGACCAACAACAUUGUCUCUAAAUCGAAAUGAAAGUACCGACAAACCUCACUUUGUCACGAAAAUUAAAGCCUCUUUGAUGACAGACGGUCAAAAAACAACUCCAGCAACUCCUGCUUUGACAUCUUCUACUCCAACCAACAUGAAGCCUUAUAGUUCGAUCCUUUUAAAAUCAAAUUUCACCAACGCAGAGAAAAAUGAAAACAAAAUUCCUAGUCCUACGCAAGUGAAUAAUUUCAUGAAAGUUCAAGUUAAGAAGCCGAUAAUAUCUGAUACGACCAAAAUUGAAAUUCAACCUAUUCAAGUGAAUCCACCUGUAUUGACGAUCGAAAAAAUCGGAGAGGCGAAUUCGGAGAAAAAAGAUAAGAUUCAGCAAGUUACAGAUAGUCCAUCUUCAGUGGUCAAAGUAACUUCGAACGUUGAAUUAGCGGCAAGUGAACGACCAUCUUCACCUACAACUAUUACUGUGACUACUCCUACUACAACUACGAAAAAACCCCGUGGCACAAACAAACGCAAGAAAAAUAAAAAUCGUCGUCGUAAGCAGUCGACAACUUCUACGACUACAGCAGCCACGCCAACGGACUCAUCGGAUGAAGAAGAUGCUACAUUUGAUACCUUGGUAACCAAUGCUCUCGAAUUAGCUGGUAUUCAAGAAUCAAAGAUCGAACCUGAAUCGAAAAUUCCGCCCAAAAAGAAAAAGACGACUCCUAAUACACAGGUCCAAAAGCCAUUCGGCACUCAAAUUUACAAUUUCCUUAGCCGCGAAGUCAUGCCUAGCGUAGGUGUGAUGUCGUUGGUUGGAUUAGGUCUUGGUUUGGCUUCUUACUUCUUAUAUCCAUUCGGUAGUGUGAUUUCCAGAAGAAAUUAUGAGGUAGAACCAAACUAUAAAUACAACUUGGACGAAUAUGGUGGAAAUUAUGGUUUGAGCGAAGAGGAAGUACUGUCUAAAGUUUAUUCGGGAAUGACUCCUAACCAGCACAAUGAUAAAAAGUACCCUACAACAAGUGAAAAGAGUCAGAAUUAUUAUCGAUACUCAGGUAUCGAAACAACUACCAGAUACCCAAGUGUCACCAAGUCAGCAAAUCGCGUAAUCUAUCGACCUGUUGAAACGACAGCUUACGAUGUCAAUUACAGAAAUAAUGAAUUCAAAUACCCCGAUGUGCAAACGACGCCAAAUUAUUAUGAACGUCAGAGGCAAAACAGUGAAGCCGAAUUCGUGCCGGCAAUGAGCAAAAUGACAGUUGGUAACAAUCGUCAAUUCGUUGUUGGUAACAUUCCUAAAGAGUAUGAAAGCGAAAAAGUUUCCGAAUUAUUCUCUACCAACGAUAAGCUGAAUCACAAUCUACAAUUUGCUACAGAAAAAAGUUUUUCCAGCGAUAACAUGCCAAGCUCAGCCACGACUGCAGAACCCUUAGGAAAUCCAGCAGCAUUGAUUUCUCAAUCAAGAGAAGAUCCGUCUCGACUAUUAUAUGAUGAUAUGGAAAUAUCUCCCGAUGCUGUUGCUAUUGAACAUGGUCCAAGGUCCUUCGGACCAAUCAUCGAAGGAACUUCAAGAGUUCAAUCAGCGAAACCUAGGUCACUUCGUGUGAAAAGAUCCAUGUCCGCAGAUACUGACUCGGUAAUUCAGAUGAUACCCACGAAAAGUGAAAUAGCGAAAGAAAAACAAGAGGAAGAACAAGAAAAAGAUCUCAGCAAUGAAAUUUUAGAUAUUAUUGACGAAGCUUUACCAGGAAAUAAGGACCAUCCAAUGAAAAAAUAUGACAAGAAGGAACCAACAAAAAUGACAACGAUGAAUCACGAACAACAUACUAAAAAUAAUGUACCGCACGCAGAUGAAAAUAGUAAAUCUUCAACGUCUUCUAGUAUUAGUGUACUUAACACAAGCACUCACAAGUCAGAAGCAGUGAUGACUUCAACUCAAGGGCCCAACGUAUCCAUUGAUAUCAAGAAAGACUCUACUGAAGCUGUAGAUUCGCUGAAUACAAAAACUACGACAACAAUGAAAAAUACUGAUCUUUUCGAUUCGAAUGAUACAUCGUUUGAUUGGGAUGAUUUCAAAGACACUUCUACGAAACCAUCAGUUAUAGAAAAUUUUAGCAUUUUCGAUUUUGCCAAGAAAAUUAUAGAAACUAAAGUGAGGCUUACCCUUACAGUUUUGAAACAUGCAAGUGAGGGCUUUGCAAAGUAUCUUGGUCAAGUAAGAAAAAAUUAUGAUCAUGGAAACUAAAAGGGUAGAUAAAUUUAUUUAAAAAAGUAUCUCAACUCUUACUUAAAGCUACAAUUGAUUGAUGCUUACGAUAAUUAUGAUUAAUGAAUCAUGUUGGAUAAUCAAUCGAUUUGGUCCAGUUAAAUUUUUACCAUUUUUAAAUAAAUGAAUUUCACGAUUACUGUAACAACGACUGAUAAUCAUAAGCUGAUGUACUUUUAGAAUAUUUAUUAAUGUAACUUCGAUAACUAAUAAUUUUGUAUAGUACGUAUAGAUAACGCAAUUUUAGAGUUGUCACUUUGCAACACUUGAAAUCAUAGAAAUUUGAGUACUUUACGAGUGAGGUUUUUAAUAAUGCCGAGGUUAUUAUUUUAGAUUUCAGAAUUGUCAGUACUGCGAGAA